AUGAGCAACUUCAACGUCAAAGACGAAGAGGCCAAAAAGCCAUCCAUGGAUGGCUUGGUCAAAAGCAUGUCCGUGUUGCUAAAGGACAAUGAAUGCGCUUUCAAUUUGGAAGAGCAAGAAAAUCAACAAAGCCCAGAUCAAAAACCACAGGACAAAAAAGACAGUGAGAUGAUAGACUGUUUAAUGCAAAAGCUAACCUCGAAAAAGUUCCUAGUCGAAAAGGAAACGAAGAACUCCUUCUACCUUGUAGAUAACGAAAAUAUGAAGAUAAAAAAGCUAAAGGAACAUGGCCAUUCGGCAUCCCUAAAUGAUGAUUUAAGCCCUCUACAGUAUGAAAGGAUAAAGUACCAACCUACCUUACCCAAGGCACUCGCAAGUGAGUACCAGGUGUUAGAAGAAAACCACGGGGAUGAUUUUAUUAAUAAAAAAGAUUAUGAGGAGGUGAAAAAAUUUUUAAAGAAUCUACAUAACCUGCCCAUUUUGAACGUGAAGGAAACGAAUAACCAUGAAUCUUUUAAAGGAGGAAAUGUAUUGAAAAUAGGAAUUAUUUUAUCUGGUGGUCCCGCACCAGGUGGGCAUAACGUCAUAUCGGGUAUCUAUGACUAUGCCAAAAGGUACAAUGAGCAAUCACAGGUUAUUGGUUUUUUAGGAGGAAUAGAUGGAUUGUAUAGCAAGAAUUACGUGACCAUUACAGAUUCUUUGAUGAAUCGAUUUCGUAACUUGGGAGGGUUCAACAUGCUGUGGUCAGGUCGAGGGAAGGUAAGGAAUAAGGAUGACUUGAUUUCCAUAGAAAAUAUCGUUGCAAAGUUGAAGAUAAAUGGGUUGGUAAUAAUUGGAGGGGAUGGAUCCAACAGUAACGCAGCAUUGAUAUCUGAGUACUUUGCAGAGAGGAAGAUUCCCAUCUCUAUUAUCGGUAUCCCCAAAACGAUUGAUGGGGAUUUAAAAAGUGAAGCAAUUGAAAUUAGCUUUGGAUUCGAUACAGCGACUAAGACCUAUUCAGAAGUGAUAGGAAAUCUAUGUACAGAUGUAAAGACAGGAAAUAAUGUAUACCACGUCGUGAGGGUGAUGGGAAGAUCAGCAUCGCAUGUAGUAUUGGAAUGUGCUCUGCAGACAAGACCUAAUAUAGUUCUCAUAGGGGAAGAAGUAGAGAAGGAAAAUUUAUCUCUAAAGGAUAUUGUUAGUAACAUUGUAAAUACAAUACUGAAAAGAAGAACACUAAAUAAAAACUAUGGAGUUAUUUUAAUUCCAGAGGGGUUAAUCGAAUUUGUUCCUGAAAUGAAAAUUUUAAUUGGAGAGUUGAAUGUCAUUUUGAAAGAAGGUCCAUUUGAUGCGAACAAAUUGAAACACUCUAGGGAGGUCUGGGAUUUCUUACCCAGUAUCAUUCAGGAUCAGCUAUUAAUGGAUAGGGAAUCUACUGGAUAUAUUCAAGUUGGAAAAAUAGCAACGGAGAGGUUAAUCAUUGUACUUGUAGAAUCUGAGCUAGCUAAAUUGAAGGACAAUAAUUUAAAUAUUCAGUUUAUGGCUCACUAUUUAGGAUACGAAGGAAGGUGUGCCAUUCCAUCAAAUUUUGACUGCAACUAUUGCUAUGCCCUUGGAUACAAUGCUGCUUUGCUAAUUGAUCAUAAGAAAACAGGAUACAUGUCCAUUAUCCAGAAUUUAGAAGAUUCCUAUGCCAACUGGAUUCCUGCAGCCAUUCCCUUUCUGCGUAUUAUGCAUGUGAAUAGAGACAACACAGGAAAGGAAUUUCCCGCUGUGAAGAGGUACCUCGUAGAUUUGAAUAGCCCACUUUUCAACGUAUUGAAAGAAGUACGCAAUUUGUGGUCCCUGUACGAUUUGUAUAGAUCUCCUGGGCCGAUUCAAUUUAAUGGCCAUUUGAGUAACUCCAGAUGCUACACGGUGAAGAUACCCACGAAGAACAUACUGCUAUGCCAGAAUUCGGACGACUUGCAGUUGAUUAUUAAUUUGGCUAAUAAGAAGAAUCAUGCUGGGGGAUAUAGCAACGGUGGUUCGGAUGAGGAGGAAGGGGACAACCAGAUGGAUCUGAGUGGCAUUUCCGUUAAUUCGCAGAGCAAAGGUAACGAACUUGGUGCAGUUACUGCGACACCUAAAGGGGUUCACGAAAAGAAUCUAUCGGAGGAUAUGAAACAAGUGGGAGAUGAUUCUGGAAUCGCCGCAGGCAAGACGAUUUUACCUGAUCUGGUAAGCGAAGAAAAUGGUAACGCAAGUAAUGUGGAAAACGGGUUAUACGAACAACACUGCUCCAGUUACAAAUCCCUAGGUUGCAUGUCGGAGUUGCAGACCUCCAGGCUGUACAACAAGUUGAUGUUGCCUGAACUAUGCACAGAUUUGAAGGCGAAAGUGAGGGCAGGAAAACAGUACAUAUCGAGUGACCCGUACACACAGAAGCAGAUCCUGUCUAACUACCCUCACAUGUCAUAUGAAAAUAAGUUUCAAAUACAAGAAAUUUUUCACGACAAAUAUGCCACUCCGAUAUCGUUUGAAAUAAAAAUAGGAAUUGUAUUUUUAUCUAGACAAGCACCAGGAGCUAUGAAUGUACUAUGUGGUCUCUAUCAGCGCCUCAAGUUGCUAAAAGGGGUAUGCAUUGCCUUUUACGGUUUGUAUGGUUUAUUAAAUAACAAAUAUAUCAUUAUAGAUGACGACAACAUAGCUAAGCACAUGAACCAAGGAGGGUUAGAAUUAACUGGAAAUUCACCGGAGCAUUCUUUAUUUGAUAAAGAGAGUCGAAAUAAGGUUUGUGAAACAGUUACCAAUUUGCAACUGAACGGUUUGGUGAUGCCUGGGUCAAAUGUCACCAUUACGGAAGCAGCACUCUUGGCGGAGUAUUUCCUGGAGAAGAAGAUCCCAACUUCUGUUGUGGGUAUUCCAUUAACAGGUUCUAACAAUUUGAUUCACGAGCUGAUAGAAACAUGUGUAGGUUUUGAUAGCAGUACGAAGGUGUAUGCCUCCCUCAUUGGAAAUGUCCUUACAGAUGCAGUCAGUAUGCCAAAGUAUUGGCACUUCAUUCGUCUUAUGGGAAGAUCCCCGUCACAUGAAGUGUUGGAAUGUGCUCUGCAGACACAUCCCAAUAUGGUAAUAAUAUCGGAAGAAUAUGGAGCAGCUGAUAAAACGCUUUGGAGAGUCGUCCAGGAUAUUGCAGAUGUUGUUUGUGCAAGAGCCGAAUUGGGAAAGAAUUACGGAACGGUAUUAAUUCCUGAUGCGCUGCUCAUGCAUCUUCCACAUAUGAAAAUUUUACUUAGCGAAAUAAGUGAUAUUCUAAACGAUGCAAAUGAAAAAGGGCAAUUGGUCCAGGCAAGGAAGGACUUGGUGAAUUUGUCGACAACGCAGAAUGGAACAGUGGGGGCAACAUCAGGAGCAGCGGCAGGGGAAGGACAACCACUGUCUGCUUCUCCAUGGGUGGAAAAAUUGACUCCAUGGAGUUUAGCCCUUCUGAAGACUUUCCCACAAUUUAUCAUUAAAGAAUUAUUGCAUGUAGAUCUUAGAUCCAUGAGAUUUGAAAAGUUAGAGACAGAGCAAUUGCUCCUACAAAUGGUGAAGGAAGAGCUCCAUCAGAGAAAACAAAAGGGAAAAUAUUCUGGAAGCUUCAUGGGAUUAACUCACUUCUUUGGCUACCAAGGUCGUUCAUCAUUGCCAUCUGAAUUUGAUUGUAAGUUGGCAUAUUCCUAUGGCCAUGCCGCUUCCAUUGUGAUUGAAAGUGGACUUACAGGAUAUAUCGUUUCGAUAAGGGGUCUGUGUGGAAAUAUAAAAGAUUGGAAAUUGUUUGCAAUCCCCUUUAUAUCUUUGAUGAAAAUUUUGCCUCGAGGACAGGACAGUAAAUAUUUGAAGAGCGCCUCGAAGGGAGAUCUCCCCGUCAUUCCUAGUGCCCCCGUUGACUUGAACGGCAAAGCGUAUAGAAGCUUAAAAAUUGCUUUGCAAAAAUGGCAGAUGGAAGAUAGGUUUUGUAAUCCUGGACCCAUCCAGUUUGAAGGAAAUGCGUCGAAUUAUUACAACCGCAUUUUGUUCGAAGAGCAGUCCGAGUACUUUGAGAUGCUACGCUAUGUGGAAUGCUACGCGAAUAUACUGAAGGACACCUGUCGUUUCGGUGUGUCAGCUGAUUAUCUAAAAAAUGUGUUUGUCCAACUAUGUGGCAUGCUUGUUCUGGCGUACAAGCCAAACGACAUUCUCUCCAACAUGCCCUACAUUGGAAGCAUCGAGGAUUACUACGAUUGGGAGAAUCAGCGCAAGCGGAUGGACUAG